UGCGGGCAGAGACCUGAACCCGGGCCUCCUUCCUCCACGGCACCGCCCUGGGCAUCCCUGUCUGGUGACCCGCCCGUGAGGGCCCGAUUUGCAAGGCACUUUCAGAUACUGAACAUGCGGCUUCAACCACAUGAGGAAUAAAGAAUCCCUUAGAAAAGGAAGCACGAAGCCUUCGGUCUAACAAGGGGAAGGGAGGAAGAAAAGCGGCUCCUCAAUCACAACGGUGAACGGAGCCUCGGCUUUCUGCUCUGUUCCUUAGCAGCAGCCAUCAUCCGUCCCCCAUCCUUGGAAGGAAGGAAGGAGGGAGACCCUCCUGGGACCCAAGGCGACCCCACGAAGUCACGACCUCGAAAGGGCGGAGGGUGAAAAACCAGCAAAAGGGACCAGAAAUAGCCAGGAAAUCCCGCCUCCAAGCCCCGGAGUUCUCGGAAGGCGUUCCACUCAGGAGCCGCCUCAGCUUUAGACGGGCAGGUCCGGAGCCAAUGGGAAUAGCCCAAUCACCCCCCCCCAAAAAAAAACCCUCCCCCUUUCAGCUGACGAAGGAGUUGCUGAGUGAUGCUGAGGAAAUAGCUGCUUUAUAUCGUGAGCUCAGCCAGUUCCCAUCUCUUUCUAGUGCCUGUAUUGGGCCUGAGGUAACAACUCAAUAUGGUGGCAAAUACUGCAACAUUUACACAGAGUGGUCUCAACGAGACUUGGAAAGAGCUGAAAAUGUGAAAUUCUGCCGUCAGUACCUCAUUUUCCAUGAUAGCCAGUCCAUUGUGUAUUCAAGCCCUUCUGGCAACUGCACUGAAAUCAAGGGAGAGUUGCUCAGUCGGGACUCUCCCAGCGGAGCACAGAAAGCUGUCCUGCGCAAGACUAGCAACAGCAAAGGCGAGGAAAAACAGUUCCUGGAGGUUUGGGAAAAGAACCGCAAAGUGAAGAGCAUCGAAUUGACCGCCCUGGAGAAGCAUGGCCAAGUGUACGAGGAUGAUCAAUUUGGCUGCUUGGCCUGGUCACACUCGGAGACUCACCUUCUCUAUGUGGCAGAGAAGAAGCGUCCCAAGGCUGAGUCCUUCUUUAAGCCAAAACCCCCUGAGAUGAACAGUGAAGAUGAACAAGUCAAGGCAGAGCGACAAGACAAAGCCAUUAAGGGAGAACAGUAUGUUUUCUAUGAAGACUGGGGGGAAACCCUGGUGGCUAAGAGCACCCCUGUGCUAUGUGUACUAGACAUUGAGAGCAACAAUGUUUCAGUACUGGAGGGUGUUCCAGAGCACAUCUCACCUGGACAGGCCUUUUGGACUCCAGGUGACACAGGGGUGCUGUUCACAGGCUGGUGGCAUGAGCCUUUCCGUCUGGGGUUGAGGCAUUGUACCAAUCGCAGAUCAGCCCUCUUCCACGUGGACCUGACAGGUGGACGUUGUGAGCUGCUGUCAGAUGAUACCAGGGCCAUCUGGUCGCCACGCCUGAGUCCAGACCAGUGUCGCAUUGUAUACCUGGAGAACAAAGCUUCUGGGCCCCAUCAACAAUGCAGCCGCCUUUGCAUGUACGACUGGUACACUAAGCUCACUUCAGUCAUUGUGGAGAUUGUGCCUCGGCCAGGCAAAGAUGAAUUUACUGGAAUUUAUUGCACAGCAUUGCCUGAGCUCUGCUGGGCAGCGGACAGUCAAAGGGUUGUGCUGGACACAGCUCAACGCAGUCACCAGGAGCUGAUUGUGGUGGAUACCUUAUCAGGCAGUGUAUGUUCUCUCACCAAAGGUUCACAUCUUGGCAGCUGGGCGCUGCUCACAAUUGACCGAGACUUGCUGGUAGCCAGAUUCUCCACUCCAAACUGUCCUCCCAAGCUUAUGGUGGCUUUCCUACCUCCUGCUGGCAAGGAAUCUGAGGUGGGCUGGGUAUGUUUGGAAGAAGCCAGCCCUGUUGAAGGCAUCACUUGGGGAGUCCGUAAACUGCAGCCUCCUCCAGAGCAGGACAACCUGCAGUAUGCGGGCCUUGAUUUUGAAUCCAUUCUCCUCAGACCCACUCAGGUACCAGAGAGUGGCAAAUAUCCCUUAGUUGUUUCACCUCACGGGGGGCCGCACUCAGUGUAUACCACCAGCUGGACGCUUUACCCAGCGGCGCUUUGUCGGAUGGGAUUUGCUGUGCUGCUUGUGAAUUAUCGAGGAUCAUUGGGCUUUGGCCAAGACAGUGUGGAUUCCCUGCCAGGGAAUGUAGGCAGCCAGGAUGUCAAAGAUGUACAGUUUUGUGUGGAGCAGGUAUUACAGGAGGAGCCUCUGGAUCCACAGCGAGUCACCUUGCUGGGUGGCUCCCAUGGUGGAUUCCUGUCUUGCCAUCUCAUUGGCCAAUAUCCUGGCACUUAUAAGGCUUGUGUGGCCAGGAAUCCGGUAGUCAACAUGGCCUCCAUGGUUGCAAGCACUGACAUCCCUGACUGGUGUCUGACCGAGGCAGGCUUACUCUAUGACCAGGCUGCUCUCCCAGAUCCCAGACAUUGGACAGAGAUGCUCCUUCAUUCACCUAUGCAAUAUCUUGAUAAGGUUCAGACACCUGUUCUCUUAAUGAUAGGAGAUGAGGAUAAACGUGUGCCUCCCAAGCAAGGCUUGGAGUAUUAUCAUGCUCUUAAGGCCAGGGGCGUUCCAACCCGGAUGCUGUGGUAUCCAGGAAAUAACCAUGCACUGUCUGGUGUGGAAGCUGAGGCAGACGGUUUCAUGAAUAUUGCACUCUGGUUUCUCCAGCACCUAAAAUGAGGAAUGCAGAAGUUGGGCUACAUUUUCUAUGACCCACCUCCAUGUUAAGCAACCUGGCUAGCUAAUACUAAUACAUGUCUCUUGGUUCUUUUAAAAAAAAUCACUUUGGGAAUGGUUGCUUUGGGACCUUCUUUCAUGCUCCUCUGAGUUUGAAUAGGUUCAUGCCAGGGACUAAUAUAUGCCUUCUGGGUUCCUGAGACAGAAGUUACCCUGAGCCCAUGCCUUUUGCCAAAUCUUGCACUCUUGUAAGUAAUCCUGCCAUUGUAGGUGAUUCUGACCCAGAAUAGGAUGCUGGGUAUCCUGACAAGUAAUGUUCUUUGAUAUCAAUGGAAUUUCUCUUGUUAAUAUUCUUUGAGGGGGCAGAACAAAGAAACAGUGAGUUCCAAAAGGUCCAACUGCAAAGGGUAAAUAAAUAGAAACAAUUGUUAAGGACCAAACUUCUGAGCUACAGAUUUUCAAAGUAUAAGUAUGUAAACUGUGAAUGGCUGGCAUUCAUCAGCUGCUGAGAUUCAAACUUCUUUGGGAAAUAUUUUGUUUUGUUCUUUUGGAAGGAAGAGCUAGUGGUAUCUUAAAGGGAAAAGUGAACAUUGACAAACAAUUUCAGUAGUGCAUCAUGGUUGUGUGUUUGUUACUUUAAAGUCAAACAUAUAGGAAUGCUUCAAAUGACCAUUUGGGUAAUUUACUUACCUUUCCUGUUUGGCCUCUACCAAAUCCCAAUUUGGUGAUACUGUUUUUCUUUGUACUCCACUUUACUGCCAAAAAAAAGGUACAUUACAUACAAGUCAUAUUACAUACAAAGUCUCUUGCACAUACUCAUAACUGUUUUCCCUGCCAUCUGAGUGAAUGGAAGCAAGCACUACCAGUUAUCCACCAUUUGGAUAAAAUAGGAAUUUAGAAACUAAAAAAUACUAGUAGUUCAAUAGUGCCUAGUAGUUUUUCUUAGGAGGUAAACGAUAGACUACUGCUGGCCACAGUAAUCUUAGUGUUCGUACUGCUGUUAUCAGUUUUAGCUAGUCAAAUAUCCCCCAAUUCAUCCCUUUUCUGAGAAAAUACACAUAUUUUUUAUUGUUAGGUCCACUUAAUUUCUGUCUUGCAUUAGUAAACAACACAAGCACAUAAAUGAUAAUAAUGUGUUGCAGGUCUUGUACAGAGGUGCAGAUAAUGUACAGAGUUUGACUAUGGAAAAAUCAUGUGUUGACCUGAUAAUUUGUUUAGCUUAUCAGCUAGAGUGACUGGCAUCAGAAUAGUUUCCCUAUGCAUUGUAGGGAUCAGAUGCACUGAUUUUCAUACCAGCUAAUAUCUAGUAGGAGGUUAUCUUCCUCUUGAGUAGCAGAGACCUGCAAGGAAAUCAAUUUCGAGUACCAUCCUGCUUGUUUUCCUUUUCAAGGAACUCUGUAACCUGACCCUAUUGGACUAUGAACUUUGCUAUCAUUAGUGGUAACCAACAGCAUGGUAAGGAUUAUCCAGGCAACAAACGAUCACACUUUCUUGUUUUGACACUACCUGAUAGACACUGAAAAUGCCACUAAAGUCACAGUCCUGUAUAGGCAUUCCUGGGAGUAAACUCUAUUUUUAACAGUGGCACUUUUCCCUCUGAGUAAAAAAUUUAUGAGUGAGCUGCACAGCAGUUAUAUCUCAUUGUGAAGUAGGAGUUCAAACAACUACCUCUUUCUGUAUACUGAGAAAUAAUUUUGAAAGGAAAAUUGGUUGACUAAUAAAACAGCAUGUAUUGAACCAAGAGCUAGUGCUCAAGGUCUCUUGAUUAAGUUUUGAAUUCCUGCUUUAAGGGAAGAUGUGGGGGAUUGAUCAUCUAAAUUUGCAGGAGUUUUUAAAGAGCCUUUCAACCUCAAGAACCAGUUAAAAUGUUCUAUCCUCACCACUUCUGGUGGUGACCUGAUUGUGGCUUAUCAAAGGCUAGCAAGCUGAAUUUUAACUUGAA